CUCACACAGGUGAGAAACCCUACAGGUGUGAGGAGUGCAGCAAGCAGUUCAGUCGGCUGGGUCAUCUGAAGACUCACAUGCAGACUCACACAGGUGAGAAACCCUACAGGUGUGAGGAGUGUAGAAGACAGUUCAGUCUUUUCCAUCAUCUGAAGAGACACAUGCGGACUCACACAGGGGAGAAACCCUACAGGUGUGAGAAGUGCAGCGGGCAGUUUAGUGAGCUUGGUAAUCUGAAGAAACACAUGCGGACUCACAGGGGACAAGGCAAAGGUGUGAGAAGUGCAGCAACCAGUUCAGCAAGCCAGGUGGUCUAACCAAUGUACUGUACGUGUAAUGAACCAUAGCAAAGUGAGUCACAUAGUUCAGUCUUGUUGACCCUGAAGACUUAUAUGCCUUAUCAGCACGUUAUCAGUAAAGUCACUUCAGUUGUUGAGGCAACAACUUUUCUGUUUUCUCCAAGAGUUCAUCUGUUUCGGUGGACAUCACACGGGAAAACUCAAAAGGUGUGAGGAGUGCAGCAAAAGUCUGGUGGUGUAACCCAAGUGCACGCGUGAUAAACCUUGAGAAAAUGAAUCAGACAUUUCAGUCAGCUGUUGUCCUGAAGACUUGCCGGCUUUGUUGUCAGCACGUUGUCAGUAAAGUCACUUCAGUUUUUGUUUUUGAAGCAACAACGUUUAGUUAAUGGGCCCUUUGCAGAAAAGGACAAAAUUUGGAAAAUUUUGAUUUGGACAGUAGUUGGUUGUGGUUUUUAGAAGUUAGUUUCGAAGGUGUUUGUUUCGUUGAAAGCGUAUUGUAUUCACGAUGAUUUUCUGUCUUUUAUGAUCUUCGUAGAACAAACUUAGCAUUGUUUUUGUCAAGUAGAACAUAACGUUGUUUUCUUUAGGUUGAACUUAUCAUUGCUGUUUUGAUCUCGAACUUAAAAUUGUUUUGUAAGCUAAAACUAAACAUUGUUUUUGUACCUUCAUUGACAAAUGAGGGACAGUAGGAAGUUAAUGAGUACAAGGGGAAGGAGUUUCUCUUUUACAAGUGAACUUUCAACAGGAAAUGUACAUAUGUAUUAUAGUAUGGUUUAUUUCUUCUUCAUCACUUUACACGGUACAGAAUGGCAGGGCCAUGGCCCUGAAUUGCCCUGUCGUGUUACAUUUAUUAAAAUCGAAGACAGUUAUUAAAAACGAUGUUCGUACAUCAGCGAAUAUUGCACGUUAGCGAAUAUUGCACAUAGUAGUUACAUAUAUUGUACACAGUUGCUUAACAGUUGCUUAACAGUGACAGAUUUGGCUAAAAAAUACAACAAAUUUGAUUUCGAAGGCGAUGGGUAGCUAGUCAAAGAUCGCUUUUAAAACAGAUUGUCACAUCUAGAGCGCAGAUUCAGGUAUUUACAUGUUCAGCAUGCGCACCAUGUAGGGUAUAGCACUCGAUCUGUAUCUUUCCGUUCUACAAUGAACAGUGUCGAGUUUGUGUGAUGAACGAGUCAUCCUGCCACUGAUAUCCACACGUGAGAGUGGUAGUAGGUUUCUGUACAGCUUCGACUGUUCAAGUGAUUUCGCGAAGUUAACAGUUAAUUGUUCACGACGUGACUUGAGUGUAGGUAGGCCCAGCCAAAUACAUGCUUCGGAGUAGGAUGUGUAGUUGGAGCCCAAGAUGAUUCGAAGUGCUCGGCGUUGGACGUUC